CUCCCUCCGCGAGAAACCUCACAUUGAAAUGCUGCAAAUGACUGGGGCCCCGCGUGCAGUCGCGUCCGGGCCGCGCGACGCCAGGGUUACCAGAGCGGACACAGCGGAUAGCAGCCCGGGCCGGGGCGUUGCAGGUGGAGGCUGAGAGCAUGAGACCCGCGGGCUGGGGGCUGCGCUGGGCCGUUGCCCUGUUCCUCGCUGCGGGGUCGGCUGCAGUGGAAGACAGAUGUGGGAGAAACGAGUUCCAGUGCCAAGAUGGGAAAUGCAUCUCCUACAGAUGGGUUUGCGACGGGACCACUGAGUGUCAGGAUGGCUCCGAUGAGUCCCAGGAUACGUGCAUGUCUGUCACCUGCAAAGUGGGGGACUUCAGCUGUGGAGGCCAGGUCAACCGCUGCAUUCCUGGAUUCUGGAGAUGUGACGGGCAGGUGGACUGCGAGAACGGCUCGGAUGAGGAAGGCUGUCCCCCCAAGACGUGCUCUGAGGACGAGUUCCGCUGCCAUGACGGAAAGUGCAUCACCCUCAAGUUCGUCUGUGACUCGGACCUGGACUGCCUGGACGGCUCAGACGAGGCAUCCUGCCCGCCGCCCACCUGCGGCCCUGCCAGCUUCCAGUGCAACAGCUCCACCUGCAUCCCCGAGCUGUGGGCUUGCGACGGUGAACCCGAGUGCGAGGACGGGUCGGACGAGUGGCCAGAGCGCUGCGGGGGCCGCAACACGUCCGCCACCUCAGAGGACAACCACCCCUGCUCGGCCCUCGAGUUCCACUGCCGCAGCGGUGAAUGCAUCCACUCCAGCUGGCACUGCGACGGUGACCCUGACUGCAAGGACAAGUCUGAUGAGGAGAACUGCGCCGAGGCCACCUGCCGGCCCGACGAGUUCCAGUGCUCGGACGGGGCCUGCAUCCACGGCAGCCGGCAGUGCGACAGGGAGUAUGACUGUAAGGACCUGAGCGACGAGCUGGGCUGCAUCAACGUGACUUUGUGUGAGGGACCCAGCAAGUUCAAGUGCCAGAGCGGCGAGUGCAUCUCCCUGGAUAAAGUGUGCAACUCGGUCCGGGACUGCCGGGACUGGUCAGAUGAGCCCCUCAAGGAGUGCGGGACCAAUGAGUGUCUGGACAACAAGGGCAGCUGCUCCCACAUCUGCAAUGACCUCAAGAUUGGCUACGAGUGCCUGUGUCCUGAGGGCUUCCAGCUGGUGGACAAGCACAGAUGUGAAGAUAUUGACGAGUGUCAGGAUCCCGACGCCUGCAGCCAGAUCUGCGUGAACCUGGAGGGCAGCUACAAGUGCCAGUGUGAGGAGGGCUUCCAGCUGGAGCCCCUCACCAAGGCCUGCAAGGCUGUGGGCACCAUCGCGUACCUUUUCUUCACCAACCGUCACGAGGUGAGGAAGAUGACUCUGGACCGCAGUGAGUACACCAGCCUCAUCCCCAACUUGAGGAAUGUUGUCGCCCUGGACACGGAGGUGGCCAGCAACAGAAUCUACUGGUCUGACCUGUCCCACAGGAAGAUCUACAGUGCCCAGAUCGACAGAGCCCCCAGCUUCUCCUCCUAUGACACUGUCAUCGGCGAGGAUCUCCAGGCCCCCGACGGGCUGGCGGUAGAUUGGAUCCACAGCAACAUAUACUGGACUGACUCCAUCCUGGGCACUGUCUCCGUUGCCGACACCAAGGGUAUGAAGAGGAAGACGCUAUUCCAGGAGAAAGGCUCCAAACCCCGGGCCAUCGCGGUGGAUCCCGUCCAUGGCUUCAUGUACUGGACGGACUGGGGAACCCCUGCCAAGAUCAAGAAGGGGGGCCUGAAUGGCGUGGACAUUUACUCGCUGGUGACAGAGGACAUCCAGUGGCCCAAUGGCAUCGCCCUGGAUCUUUCUGGUGGCCGCCUCUACUGGGUCGACUCCAAGCUCCACUCCAUCUCCAGCAUCGAUGUCAACGGGGGGAACCGGAGGACCGUCCUGGAAGACAAGAAGAAGCUCGCACAUCCCUUCUCCUUGGCCAUCUUUGAGGAUAAAGUAUUUUGGACGGAUAUUAUCAACGAAGCCAUUUUCAGUGCCAACCGCCUCACAGGCUCAGACAUUAAUCUGAUGGCAGAAAACCUGUUGUCUCCGGAGGACAUUGUCCUUUUCCACAACCUCACACAGCCGAGAGGGGUGAACUGGUGUGAGAGGACUGCCCUCCACAACGGUGGCUGCCAGUACCUGUGUCUGCCGGCCCCGCAGAUCAACCCACGCUCACCCAAGUUCACCUGUGCCUGCCCCGACGGCCUGCUGCUGGCCAAGGACAUGCGGAGCUGCCUCACAGAGACUGAACCUGCAGUGACCACCCGGGUGUCCUCCACAGUCAGGCCGAGGGUCGGCUCGACAGCCGAGGGGCCGCAGCGCACAGCCAGCCCUGAGCUCACCACGGCCGAGUUGGUGACGAUGACCCACCAAGCCCUGGGCAACGCUGCUGGCCAACUGGACGAGGAGAGGCCCCGGAGCACAGGGGCCCUGUACAUCGUCCUCCCCAUUGCACUGCUCAUCCUCCUGUGCUUCGGGACCUUCCUCCUCUGGAAGAACUGGAGGCUUAGGAACAUCAACAGCAUCAACUUUGACAACCCUGUGUACCAGAAGACCACGGAGGACGAGGUCCACAUCUGCCGCAGCCAGGACGGCUACACCUACCCCUCGAGACAGAUGGUCAGCCUCGAGGAUGAUGUGGCGUGAGCUGCGCCUCAAGUCCCGUGCCUCCCCGGAACCUGCCGCCUGUCACUCACAUGCAGGAAGGACACUUUCUCCCUGGACCCCGACCUGCCCCAAAACCCUUCCUGAGACCUUGGCGCCAAAAGCACUGCUGGUGGCUGUGGCCCCGGCAUUGUCUGCCUGUCCGCCAGAGCUCUGUUUUAUAUAUUUAUUUGUCUGGGAGGCAGACAGGCUUCCGACGGCGCACACGGGUUUGGGUUGCUUUUUUCUUUCGUUACAUGUGAAGGAGAAGAGAAGGAGGGCGGGCCAGCUGGGGGACAGUUCCUUCUCUCCUCCUUGACGGGCUCCUCCCGAGGGACACGGAGCAGGAGAAACCUAGUGGCUUUGCACGCUUGAGAGCGGGUGCGACCCACACCUCCGGCCCGAGCCCCACACUCAGGACUGAACGUGUUUACCUCUGCCUGGCGAGCCUGGCUGGACCGCCAGGGCGGCUCUUGCUCUGCCACCCCCAGGUCAGGAUCAAACUAGGGUCUUCCAAGCCGGAUCUGCCCUCCCCUCAAGCUGGGGAGGGGCCCCUGGUGUUGGUAUUGACACAGCAGGAUCCGGCCUCAGGGGGUGGUGCCUGCUGAACCCCAUUCGCUCACCAAGACCCAGCCAUUCCCAGGGAAAGCCUGAGCCACCGGUCCCCCGUAAUGUGUAUUAAGUGCCUGAGACACCCCACCUUGUGCGAGAAGCGGCUCUGUUCUCUGUGUCCCUUGGUCCCAGUGCGGGUGUCUGGACCGCAGCCUCGCCCCUUGCACUUUUUCAGUUCAGGGUUAUAUGUUGUGUAAAGUCGACACUAUUACUGUUUUGCACUGCUUUCUGUUCCCGUUGGUUCAGGUUCCCAGGCCGGAGAGCCCAGGUGGAUGUCUGGCUGUGGCAGGAGACGUACUGUGUGCGGAAGAAAGGGGGUCGGCUUGAUUGCGACUUCAAAGCCGAGCUCGCUACUGGUGUUUCCACUUCUAUGCAGAUGCCCCCGAGCCAUUAAUUUCCCUCACAAGCCAGUUGUGGUUGGCGGGGGUUGGGGGGCUCGGUCUGAAACAACAUGAAUGGCGGGUCCACCCUGUAAGACGUGCCCUGGGCGCCCACAUUUUGUGGGACUUACUAAACAAGAAUGCUUUCUGAAAUUGACGCACGUGUCGCCACAUUUACAACCAGACAGCCAGGGAGAUGUCUGAGGGGUCUGCCUGCCUGCUGCACAACCGCAGAACACCGCACCCCGCCCUGCAGGAGACUGUGAACACCUUCUCUCUUUCUGAAGCAUGUAAAUAACCCCCCGACAGCCAAUGGGGGCUUUUUUAUGUUUGCACUUUGUAUAUUUGUUGAAACAUUUAUCACUUAUAUAUAUAUAUAUGAAAAGAGAUCUAUUUAUUUUUGCAAACCCUGGUUUGCUGCAUCGAGGGAAACUGUCUCUGAGACGCCUCGCCUUUCUGUACAAAGAUGUGCACAUGCUGUGCACAGCGCUCUCUUCAGGAAAAUCAGGCCUGUGUUGUAUAUAUGGGUUGCUUUUCAGGGAUGGGUAUCGCUUUUUAAACCACUGUAUAGAAUGUUUUUUAUAGCUUGAACAUCUUACUGUGAUUGAUUAAAUUUCUUAAAUACAG